UUUCCCGCGGUUGGACGCGGCGCUCAGUUGCCGGGCGGGGGAAGGCGCGUCCGGUUUUUCUCAGGGGACGUUGAAAUUAUUUUUGUAACGGGAGUCAGGAGAGGACGGGGCGUGCCCCGACGUGCGCGCGCUUCGCCCUCCCCGGCUCUCCUCCACAGCUCGCUGGCUCCCGCCUCGGUAAGGCGUCAUGCCGCCCAAAACCCCCCGAAAAACGACCGCCGCCGCCGCCGCCGCUGCCGCGGAACCCCCGGCACCGCCGCCGCCACCCCCUCCUGAGGAGGACCCAGAGCAGGACAGCGGUCCGGAGGACCUGCCACUGGUCAGGCUUGAGUUUGAAGAAACCGAAGAACCUGAUUUUACUGCGUUAUGUCAGAAAUUAAAGAUACCAGAUCAUGUCAGAGAGAGAGCUUGGUUAACUUGGGAGAAAGUUUCAUCUGUGGAUGGAGUAUUGGGAGGUUAUAUUCAAAAGAAAAAGGAACUGUGGGGAAUAUGUAUCUUUAUUGCAGCAGUUGACCUAGAUGAGAUGCCAUUCACUUUUACUGAGCUACAGAAAAACAUAGAAAUCAGUGUCCAUAAAUUCUUUAACUUACUAAAGGAAAUUGAUACUAGUACCAAAGUUGAUAAUGCUAUGUCAAGACUAUUGAAGAAGUAUGAUGUAUUGUUUGCACUCUUCAGCAAAUUGGAAAGGACAUGUGAACUUAUAUAUUUGACACAACCCAGCAGUUCGAUAUCUACUGAAAUAAAUUCUACAUUGGUGCUAAAAGUUUCUUGGAUCACAUUUUUAUUAGCUAAAGAAACAGCUGUUAUACCCAUUAAUGGUUCACCUCGAACACCCAGGCGAGGCCAGAACAGGAGUGCACGGAUAGCAAAACAACUAGAAAAUGAUACAAGAAUUAUUGAAGUUCUCUGUAAAGAACAUGAAUGUAAUAUAGAUGAGGUGAAAAAUGUUUAUUUCAAAAAUUUUAUACCUUUUAUGAAUUCUCUUGGACUUGUAACAUCUAAUGGACUUCCAGAGGUUGAAAGUCUGUCUAAACGAUAUGAAGAAAUUUAUCUUAAAAAUAAAGAUCUAGAUGCAAGAUUAUUUUUGGAUCAUGAUAAGACUCUUCAGACUGAUUCUAUAGACAGUUUUGAAACACAGAGAACACCGCGAAAAAGUAACCUUGAUGAAGAGGUGAAUGUGAUUCCUCCACACACUCCAGUUAGGACUGUUAUGAACACUAUCCAACAAUUAAUGAUGAUUUUAAAUUCAGCAAGUGAUCAACCUUCAGAAAAUCUGAUUUCCUAUUUUAAUAACUGCACAGUGAAUCCAAAAGAAAGCAUACUGAAAAGAGUGAAGGAUAUAGGAUACAUCUUUAAAGAGAAAUUUGCUAAAGCUGUGGGACAGGGAUGUGUCGAAAUUGGAUCACAGCGAUACAAACUUGGAGUUCGCUUGUAUUACCGAGUGAUGGAAUCCAUGCUUAAAUCAGAAGAAGAACGAUUAUCCAUUCAAAAUUUUAGCAAACUUCUGAAUGACAACAUUUUUCAUAUGUCUUUAUUGGCGUGUGCUCUUGAGGUUGUAAUGGCCACAUAUAGCAGAAGUACAUCUCAGAAUCUUGAUUCUGGAACAGAUUUGUCUUUCCCAUGGAUUCUGAAUGUGCUUAAUUUGAAAGCCUUUGAUUUUUACAAAGUGAUUGAAAGUUUUAUCAAAGCAGAAGGCAACUUGACAAGAGAAAUGAUAAAACACUUAGAACGAUGUGAACAUCGAAUCAUGGAAUCCCUUGCAUGGCUCUCAGAUUCACCUUUAUUUGAUCUUAUUAAACAAUCAAAGGACCGAGAAGGACCAACUGAUCACUUUGAAUCUGCUUGUCCUCUUAAUCUUCCUCUCCAGAAUAAUCACACUGCAGCAGAUAUGUAUCUUUCUCCUGUAAGAUCGCCAAAGAAAAAAGGUUCAACUACACGUGUAAAUUCUACUGCAAAUGCAGAGACACAAGCAACCUCAGCCUUCCAGACCCAGAAGCCAUUGAAAUCUACCUCUCUUUCACUGUUUUAUAAAAAAGUGUAUCGGCUAGCCUAUCUCCGGCUAAAUACACUAUGUGAACGCCUUCUAUCUGAGCACCCAGAACUAGAACACAUCAUCUGGACCCUUUUCCAGCAUACGCUGCAGAAUGAGUAUGAACUCAUGAGAGACAGGCAUUUGGACCAAAUUAUGAUGUGUUCCAUGUAUGGCAUAUGCAAAGUGAAGAAUAUAGACCUUAAAUUCAAAAUCAUCGUAACAGCAUACAAGGAUCUUCCUCAUGCUGUUCAGGAGACAUUCAAACGUGUUUUGAUCAAAGAAGAGGAGUAUGAUUCUAUUAUAGUAUUCUAUAACUCGGUCUUCAUGCAGAGACUGAAAACAAAUAUUUUGCAGUAUGCUUCCACCAGGCCCCCUACCUUGUCACCAAUACCUCACAUUCCUCGAAGUCCUUACAAGUUUCCUAGUUCGCCCUUACGGAUUCCUGGAGGGAACAUCUAUAUUUCACCCCUGAAGAGUCCAUAUAAAAUUUCAGAAGGUCUGCCAACACCAACGAAAAUGACUCCAAGAUCAAGAAUCUUAGUAUCAAUUGGUGAAUCAUUUGGGACUUCUGAGAAGUUCCAGAAAAUAAAUCAGAUGGUGUGUAACAGCGACCGUGUGCUCAAAAGAAGUGCUGAAGGAAGCAACCCUCCUAAACCGCUGAAAAAACUACGCUUUGAUAUUGAAGGAUCAGAUGAAGCAGAUGGAAGUAAACAUCUCCCAGGGGAGUCCAAAUUUCAGCAGAAACUGGCAGAAAUGACUUCCACUCGAACACGAAUGCAAAAGCAGAAAAUGAAUGAUAGCAUGGAUACCUCAAACAAGGAAGAGAAAUGAGGAUCUCAGGACCUUGGUGGAUACCGUGUACACCUCUGGAUUCAUUGUCUUUGACAGAUGUGACUGUGUAACUUUCCCAGGUUCUGUUUAUGGCCACAUUUAAUAUCUUCAGUUCUUUUUGUGGAUAUAAAGUGUGCAGAUGCAAUUGUUUGGGUGAUUCCUAAGCCACUUGAAAUGUUAGUCAUUGUUAUUUAUACAAGAUUGAAAAAUCUUGUGUAAAUCCUGCCAUUUAAAAAAUUGUAGCAGAUUGCUUCCACUUCCAAAGUAAAAUUGCUGUGCUUUAUGGAUAGUAAGAAUGGCCCUAGAGUGGGAGUCCUGAUAACCCAUGCCUGUCUGACUACUUUGCCUUCUUUUGUAGCGUAUAUGUGAUGUUUGCUCUUGUUUUUAUUAAUUUAUAUGUAUAUUGUUUUAAUUUAACAUGAACACCCUUAGCAAAUGUGUCCUAUCUUCCAAAUGCAAUUUGACUGACUGCUCAUUCACCCAAAUUAUCCUGAACCCUUCCGCAAAAAUGGAUAUUAUUAGAAAUUAGAAAAAAAUUACUAAUUUUACACAUUAGAUUUUAUUUUACUAUUGGAAUCUGAUAUACUGUGUGCUUGUUUUAUAAAUUUUUGCUUUUAAUUAAAUAAAAGCUGGAAGCAAAGUAUAAACACAUGAUACUAUCAUACUACUGACACAGAUUUCAUACCUCAGAACUUAAAAGAACUGAUUAUUUUCUUCAUCCAACUUAUGUUUUUAAAUGAGGAUUAUUGAUAGUACUCUUGGUUUUUAUACCAUUCAGAUCACUGAAUUUAUAAAGUACUCAUCUAGUACUUGAAAAAGUAAAGUGCUCUACCAGAUCUUAGAUAUACAGGACCCUAACACAGUAUAUCCCAAGUGCACUUUCUAACGUUUCUGGGUCCUGAAGAAUUAAGACACAAAUUAAUUUUACUCCAUAAACAGACUGUUAACUAUAGGAGCCUUAAUUUUUUUUUCAUAGAGAUUUGUCUAAUUGCAUCUCAAAAUUAUUCUGACCUCCUUAAUUUGGGAAGGUUUGUGUUUUCUGUGGAAUGGUACACGUCUUCCAUGUAUCUUUUGAACUGGCGAUUGUCUAUCUUUUAUUUUUUUAAGUCAGUAUGGUCGAACACUGGCAUGUUCAAAGCCACAUUAUUUCUAGUCCAAAAUUACAAGUAAUCAAGGGUCAUUAUGGGUUAGGCAUUAAUGUUUCUAUCUGAUUUUGUGCGAAAGCUUCAAAUUAAAACAGCUGCAUUAGAAAAAGAGUCGCUUCUCCCCUCCCCUACACCUAAAGGUGUAUUUAAACUAUCUUGUGUGAUUAACUUAUUUAGAGAUGCUGUAAUUUAAAAUAGGUAGCUUCAGCUAGCUUUUAGGAAAAUUACUUUGUCUAACUCAGAAUUAUUUUUAAAAAGAAAUCUGGUCUUGUUAGAAAACAAAAUUUUAUUUUAUGCUCAAUUAAGUUUCAAACUUACUAUUUUGACAGUUAUUUUGAUAACAAUGGCACUAGAAAGCUUUACUCCCUUUCAUCAUUAAUUUCUGCAUGAAUAUCAUACAAAUCAGUUAGUUUUUAGGUCAAGGGCUUACUAUUUCUGGGUCUUUUGCUUCUAAGUUCACAUUAGAAUUAGUGCCAGAAUUUUAGGAACUUCAGAGAUCAUGUACUGAGAUUUCUUAAAUAAUGCUUCAGAUAUUAUUGCUUUAUUGCUUUUUUGUAUUGGUUAAAACUAUACAUUUAAAAUUGCUAUGUUACUAUUUUCUACAAUUAAUAGUUUGUCUAUUUUAAAAUAAAUUAGUUGUUAAGAGUCUUA